UAGUCGAAUUAAUCGUGACGGUGUAACCAAGGACGUGUACGGGUGGAUUGCUGUCUGCUGUGUUAUUUCCUGUAGCGGAAGUGUAAAUCCACCAAGUAACGCAGGAGAAAGUAGUUACGACAGCGCCUUGAGACAGCUCGCGUGUUGUUGUAGCAGGAGGCGGAUCUGUAGUCGAUGAUUCGAAUCAUGCAUACUACUUUUAUCACAAAAACUUUCCUUCUUGGAGCAAUACUUGAGCUGGCAUUGGCAGAUAUUUACCUUCAUGUUCCAAGAGGGUCCAACAACAGACUUAAUGAAAGACAGGCCGAAAGAAAAAAUGCCAACAGACUUUUUGAUUCUCAGAACAACAACAGAGGUGGUUAUAAUGUUGGAGAUAAUGGAACUGAAGCAGCUGCAACUGAAAAUGAACAAUACAGAAUGAAAUAUUUCCAGAGUGAUGUUAAUGGUCAGAGCAUUUUGACUGUGGAGUGGACUAAUCAGCAUGGAUGUGGAGGAAAUGAAGAUACAAACCCGCAGAAACAGAACUGCAUUUUAGUUCUUCAGUAUGCUUGUCAGACAGACAUAUCAUCACCUCAAGCUGAUACAUUUCGCAAUGGGAUAUCAACAACAACGCAAACCUACAAAAAGGCACAAACAGUGAAUGAAACCUUAACAGCGAAAAACCAAAGAAAGACUGAGAGUGUAGAUCAAACUGAAGGUCUUCAUGAAUCUUGGGAUUGGUACAACAAAUGCUACAUGCGAGAGAGAAAUCAAGGUCUGUUCACUGCUGACCAAAAGCUCAAUACAAACAAUGGGUUUGGCUAUAGCAGUGCAGUCUAUACACGCCAAAACCCAAAUGGUAACCAGUUUGGUUAUGAGUGUCCAGAAGAGCGAGACUACUUUCCCUACUGGCAUCCUGCUCCAUGGAAAGACAUUGCCGUGCUGGCAGAGAAUUCAUCCAUGUGUGGAUACUAUACUUCACGUAGUUUCAAUGCACAGCCCUAUGGGGAGUGUAUUGAAACAAAAGGCUGGUCACGAUGGAGAACACAAGAAGACUGUCAAAAUAAUGGAGGGCGUUGGGUAACGCUGUACACCUAUCUUGAAAAGGCCCCACAGUACAGAAUCAAAGCUGACUGUGAACGAGCCAGUAAUGGAGCAGUUCAGUAUAUCUGGGGAGUGCCUUAUGAUACCUCAGACUUCAGUCAGGAAGAAUGUCUGGUUAAACUUAAAGCACCAGAUUGUUUGGAAGCCCCGUGGUCAAGAUCAAAUCAUCUUGGUAAUGGUGUGGAUGGUCAGGCCCUUACGUACAACUGGGUUCUGCCAUACUUUCCUUCUGCUGAGACAAAAAGAUGUGUUUUCCGAAUAAGGUACAAUAUCUCUACAGAUGACUAUGAUCCUUAUAACACUGACUACAGACAAAAUGAUGCAAUGAUGACUCGUUCACCAGUCAGACAGAAUCCGUAUGUUACUGUUGGAAAUGGGAAAUCACCUCUUCGUCUGGCACUUAACACAGCACAGUAUGGCCGAGUGUUCCAAGAUAGAAGCCAUGUAUUUUUGCUUAAGGCUCGUCCUCAGAACCUACAGGGUGCACGUAUUUAUAAUUUAAAUGUGCGAGGUAAACGUGGCAACAUAGUACAGGUGUUCCCUGCUGUGGAGUAUGACUUUGCACCCACUCACCUGGAGAUAAAGGAUGGAGAUCUUGUACACAUACAGUGGACAGGCUCCAACACUCAUAAUAAUGGCAACCCUGCUGGGGAUGGACAGGCGGGUGACGCAGGCGAGGGUACCUCUGGCACCGAUAGAAACAACAUGGUAGAGAUCCUGGAUCUGAAUGAAAAUUUUCCUGUUCCUUUUGAGAAAUCUACAAUGUGGGAAAGAACCCAGGUUAUGUGGGCUUAUCAUGGUGUUAUCAACAUCCAGCCUAAGGAUCUAGCUGUUGAUCUAGCUACUGCAGGGUAUUACAGAUGUUUCCGUAAAGCAGAGUGCCAAGGUGCAGUUCAAAAUUUUGCUGUUGGUGAAGUUACUGCUCUUCAGUCACAACUGAACAAUGCUCCUGCUUCAUACGAAGGCAUGGUCCUCAGGUUCAGAUCAGGGACUUACCAUUUCAUGUGCACUCGCAACAACAAUUUCUCUAACAGGAGCCAGAAAGGAACCAUUGUUGUCAAGUGAACAAAAUAAUAAUAGGGCGUUAAAAAAUGUACAGGUGCUAAAAUGAUGUGACUCAGAUGGCGUUUAUCUUUCGCUUAAUACUGAGCUUAGGCUUUUGCUCCUUUUGUAUUUUGCUUCAGUUUUUUGCACCCUUCACUGCGUAUACAUCACACUUUAUAUUUGUCUCGUUAUCUUAGUUCUGAACAAAAUAGCUAACAUUGCUGACAAUUUUACAUUUAUCGUCCCCUAAAAAAAUCCUGAAUUUUUCAUCUUGACUGAGCAUAAUAUUAUGGGGUUUUUUAAAGCCAAAUUGAGAUGUCAACUAUUUCCGUUUGUGUUUUCUGUCUACCUUUGGCUGUAAUUUCUUUCCUAACAUUCCAAUCAUCUUAAGAAUUUCUGUGAUGAUGUCUCUACAUUACACUUUAAACUUUUUUCAAAUCUUGUUAAUAAUUUUUGCAAUAAAUCGAUGGGUUUAUGGAGUGCCAUUCAGGAAACAAUGACAUUUUUUAGACAUCUUGUAUUUUUUUUUAAGAUAAUUUAUUUCUCACGUUUUACUGUAAUUUGCCUCACUUCAAUCACAGUUCCUUACCCAGAAAAGAUGACUUUUGCCUGGCGUUUUGUAUUUUACACUGGUUUAUAUUUACUUAAUGCUGACACUUCGCCCAUUUUUAAACAUUUACCUGUUGCAUAAAGAAAUAAGAUAUAACACGCUGCCUAAAAUAUGUAGAUUGUUCCAACUGCAGAGGUCUGGCAGAGAUAUGCUUCCACCUAGAGAUGGUUUCGCAGUAUGAGAGGAGAGGAAGGGGAAGUACCAAGAGUAAAUCCUUGACGACCAGUCCUACAAAAAAGUGUUACAGUGUCCUGGGACAAGAUCCUUAACCCAGAGCUUCUCACUGCAGUGGCGACAAAAGCGGGUGUUUUUAACCGCUUCACUAACGGACACCCCAUGUGGAAUGGAAGGUUCAGCUGUUCAUUAAAUUACUCCACGAACUUUUUUUAACAGAAGUUUUGAAGGUUGUUACUUCUCUGCUGGCCAGAGAAAUGUAUUUGAAUAAAAUGUCAUUUUUCUAUUCCAA